AUGACUCGUCUAGUCAUCGAAAUCGUCGAGAAGGCUAUCGGCGCCGCGCUCCUCUUGUUUGCCCUGUGUCAUCUUGAGGGCUGUGCUUCGUCGUCGGACACCAAAACCUCUACAGCCAGCCCCACUGCUACGGUCCCCUCUGUUACGUUAGGGCCUGCCGUGAAGCAUUCUUGUCUUCGAUACUUCGAUCUCACACCGGAAGUGCUGCAGCACAGUUACGAUCCUGUGAAUAUACGCCUCAAAAAGGGUGUAAACCCGCUAGCUGGAGAUGCUGUGGUCUUCGCUCCAAAGGAUAACGCGAGCUACUCCAUGCUGCGGGUGGUCGCGUCGGCAGCAGAUGGUCCCGACGGUUACGUGAUCCGACCCGUCAACCCACGCGGUGGUGGAUACAGG